GGUCGCUGCGGAAGGGGCGAGGGAGCAUGUGGUCCCCAAACCCACCAACCAGAGGGAAACUGUAGCUUCAGAAAUAAGGUAGAAAUGUCACUUGUGCCUGAAGCUCGUGUCACCAAUCAUAAGUAAGAUUUACCCACAAAGGUGUGUACAGCAAACAUUUUUUAUCAGUUAAAAAAGCUGAAAACCUUCCAAGUAAUCUGUGCUCUCAAACAUGCUGUUCUCUGCUGGGUAGAGGCUGGGGGUCACAGAGAGGAACUCUGCCCCAGUAGGGGCUUUGAGGUGCGUGGGCAAUGGCUGGGGACCCUGGACCCAGAACUGAGGACCUGACCCCACUUCCUUUCUGGGGCCGUGACCCCAGGCUCACCUCCUGGCCUCCUCCCUGCAGAGCUGCAGAUGCCCUGCAGGGCCCAGGGCAAGCACUGGAUGCGUUGUGGCUGAGUCACCCCAGGUUGACAGUGCCCCUCAGAGCCCAGGCCUUGGCCGCCACCCACCUGAGAAUGACAGGUGGGCCAACUAUUGUGCUCCAGUUGCUGGGGCCUUUUGGGAUCUUAGGAACCCCAUCUAUGAGCCCCGCCCCACGGCCCCGCCCCUCCCAAGGAGGGAAAAGCCCGCUGCCAGUGGCUCAACUCACGCACUGGGACCUGGAGCCUGGAGGACCCAGCGGACAGACUGCCACUGCUGCCACUGCAGGCUGGGCCAUGGACCCCCACGAGAUGGUCGUCAAGAACCCCUACACCCACAUCAGCAUCCCCAGGGCUCACCUGCGGCCUGACCUGGGGCAGCAGUUAGAGGUGAUCCCCUCCUCCUCCUCCUCGUCCUCAGAGAUGCAGCCUCUGCCCGUGGGGCCCUGUGCCCCUGAGCCAGCCCACCUCCUGCAGCCCACCGAAGUCCCAGAACCCAAGGGCGCCAAGGGUGCUGUCCCCCUCCACAGCCAGCAGGCCUGGCAACAGCCCGGCAACCCCUACAGCAGCGGGCAGCGCCCGACAGGACUGACCUACACUGGCCGGCCGCCCAUGGGGCGUGGGGAUGACAUUGCCCACCACUGCUGCUGCUGCCCCUGCUGUUCCUGCUGCCACUGUCCCCGCUUCUGCCGCUGCCACAGCUGCUGCUGCGUCAUCUCCUAGCCUACCCACCACCCUGCCGGGGCUGUGGACCAGGCCUCUGCUGCGGUGGCCAAGGUAGUGCCCGGACGUUUGGAGUGGCCACUGUCAGGGCAUUGGCCACUUUCUGCCCUGGACAGUGGCACCUACCCACCAGGAAGGCUGCUAGCUCACCCUGGGCCCCUUGACUUGGAGCCCCAGGUACUGGCCAUGAUGGGACAUGCUUGACCACCUCCUUCAAAACCCAGGCAA